GAAUCGACCAUUUUGAAUGCUGCUUUCAUCAGUCUAUUUCACGUCCACGAUAGACGCUUACAAUUAGUGACUCCAUUUCCUUCAGCAUUCCCGUUUUGCCUCAUUUUCUUGGGCAGUGAUCAAGUUUGAUCAUUCUUCGGUAUCAUGCCAUUUAAUCGAGGAAUAAAACGUGAUUCCUUUGGGAAUCGGAACUUUAAUAACCGAGGAGGAGGUGGUGCUGGAGGUGGUGGAGGAGGUGGCGGAAGAGUUGGAAACAUGGGUGGAGGUGGAGGCGGUAUGGGAGGCAAUAUGGGUGGUGGAAUGGGUGGAGGAGGUGGAGGUGGUGGAAGUGGAGGAAUGAAUCCAUGGGAAGGAGGAAUGAUGCCUGGUCGAGGGAUUUUACCAACUCCAAAUAAUAAUCUGUCUUUAGCAUCACCCCAAGCACAGUUAGCGAUAGCUAGUAACCUUCUCACAAAUUUACUUCGUAAUCAACAAGAUGUACAGCAACAGCAGGUACCAUCACUCCUUAGUCUCGGCAAUAAUUUUUCCGGACCAGGGCCAAAUUUUCCAAAUCAGCAAAACUUUCAGUCUGGACGUUUUAACGAUCGUCCUGUGAGGCACCCAAUGAAGAAUCAACGACCUCAACCAUACAAUAAGAUGGGCAAUCGCGCCCGUGAUGGCCCUGCUGGGCGACGUGGUCCAUCUGCACAACAAUCUCGUGCACCCCAGUCUGGCAGUCAGCGUAUGAACGGAAACCAAACUCAGCAUCGCAACGAUAAAUCUUCUAAACCAAUUCCUGCCUCUAAACAAAAUCAGACUGCCAAAAAGGAACAGCAGGACGUUAAGACCUCUGAUAAUGAAAAAGCAGAAGCACCUGUUGUGAAAAGUGAGAACAACGACGAAUCUGAAGAGAAGAAACGUGACUGGAAGGACGAGAAGAAACAGUUGGAAAAUUCUCAAACUGUUAAACAGUACGAGGGUGAAAAACCUCAAGAGGAAGCUGAACAAAAAACGGAAAUUUCUGCUACUGAAGAGGGAGCAAAAGAAACAAAUCUGGCUGGAACCGAAAAAGAUGCAAAGAUGACUGGCAAGAAAUCUGAAGCUAGACACGCUGAAAGUCGUUAUGCAGAAGUUCCAAUGAGCCAUAUGUUUUGCCAUAUUUGUAAUAAGCAUAUGUGGGAUGGAUAUUCCUUCGAAAACCAUUUAAGGGGACGAGCACAUCAAUUGAUGAUGGAAAAAUUAGACGAGAUGUACAAAUUGAAAGUUGAUUUAAUGAGGCACGAAUUGAGAAUAGCAGAAGAACAACGUGAAUUUAGUUUAACCAAUUCAAAACGUCGUGGGAAAAAAGUAUCCGUGGAUCUAAAUGUAAGAGAAUACUGUACAAUGUGCGAUUUGAAUUUUUAUGGUACUUUAUCAACACAUAGAAAGAGCGAGAAACAUCAACAAUUGAAAACAUUUUUGCAUCCAAGAUGUUUCCCCUGUCUAAAAGAAUUCCCGUCGCGUAUUGAAUAUGAUGAACAUUGUCUAACGCCUGCACACAUGAAGAAUGCUGUACAAUGUGAAGAACAACGAAAGAACAAGAAGAAAGACAAACUUGCCAAAGGAGAAGCUGAAAUACGCACUGCCGAAGAUGAGGAAAAAGAUGUAGGCGCUGAAAAUAAAACUGAAAAAGAGGAAGAGGCUGUUGAGGAACAAGAAUAUAUAACAGAUAUUAGUGAAAACAUGACAGAGAAGAAGUUCAAAAUACCAUCUUACAAAUAUUGUCGACAGAAUCAAAUUUCUAUUGGGAAAUCUAUGGUAAAAGAAGUUCAAGGAUUUUAUUGUGAAAAAUGUCGAAGAUUUAUGCUCUUGGCGGAAGAUAUGAACGCUCAUUUACGCAGUAUCACCCAUUAUAGGAAUUUUGUACAAGAAGUAAAGUCUUUGACGUCUACUAACGAAAAUACUGAACAAAAGCCAGCGGAAAAAACAGAGGCUAAUGAGAACGAUACAGAAGAUAAUAAAGAUGACGAAGAAAAUUGUAAACGUCGUAAAACCGCACAUUCCGAGGAGGAGGAUAACGUAGAAAUGAAAGAAGAGCAAGAAAAUAAUGCCGAGGAUGCGAACACAAAUGUGAAUGCAAACGCGCAGAAGAAAGCUGACGGAGAUGAAAAAUAUGACCCCCUCGAGGCUGAUGCAGAAUCCGAAGAAGAAGAGCAUCGCGAAGGUGACAGUAACAGCCAACAAACUACGCAAAAUGAUUCUAGUACUCAAGACAAAAAGACGACACCAGUCGACAAAGCGUGGGCUGAUAUUGAUAAUGACAAUGACGCAGAAAUAGGUAACUUAAUUGAUGAUGGGGACGAGAAAGAGCAUAUAAAUGAGCCUGAAAAAACUAGAGAUGCUCCAAAAAUAGAGAGAGAUCAAACUCCUCAAAUAAAGCCAACUCGUGGUCGAGGAGGUUUCGCACGUGGUCGCGGUAGUCCGCGAGCACGAAGAGCUCGACGAUAAUAAGUAUUAUACUAUAAAAUUAAAGUAAGCUUGGAUUUAUUGGGUAAAUAUUACACUAUUUAUCCUGUUAUUAGAUUCCACCAUUUCGUUUAUUUUCGAAUCAUCAAUAGUCAAUAUUAUGAAUCAUACCUACAUUAUUACUUGCUUGUAUUUACGUACGAUAGAAAUCAUGAUGAAAGUGAUUACAUUGUUGCGUCCGAACGUACUCGCGCGCGACAUGGUUUUAAUAAACAAUAACUUUAACUAUAACAACUUAUUUACAAAUAUGUAUAAUAUUACAUACAAUCAUUGUAGAAACGAUUUGCGGCACGUUCGUUCUCGAUCAUAAUUUCACGAAGAUCUUCCGUUCUUCAUCCUUGUAUAACAUUACAGAACGACUUUUUGGAUAACGCAACAAUAUUUUAUCCAAGCUUACCAAUUUAAAAGGAUUUUAAUUACGUAAUAUCACUUUCAAUGAGUGUAGUACAUAGAUUUUUAAAUAGAGAAGGUAGAUUUGAAAUUGAAAAAAAAGCAAGAAGCUAUAAUCUUCUGUAGCUUGUUACUAUUCUAUAUCAGAAAAUAUGAUUACUAUUUAAACAUUUGAAAUAUGUCAAUGGUUUUUUAAACAAUAAUCAUAACGUAAAGUCAUAAGGUUCAUUCCUAUUAGGCACGUGUUAAAGUGACAUGCGAAGUAUCUUGCAAUAAAAGUGAGAAAUUAAUAUUAUUUUUUUCAGUUUAUGCCUAGUGUAAUAAAAUACUUAUAAUCAAAGUCUAUAUACAGUAUAUCAUAACUACUUGAUUGUGUUUAUGAUAACGCGCUGGAAUUUUAUUAUAAGACUUGUAUGUUUUACGUGAGAAAGAAUGUAUUAUAAAAAAUAUGAAAAAUGCAAAUAGUUCGUCGAUUGCCUUAUAAAAAUAUCGAAUUUUUUUUUCAUAAAAUAAUUUGCACUUUACCUUUAUACUGGGUAUUAUCUUUAUAUAAUAUCUUUACAGAAAUCUAUUUGUGUUAAGGUUAUGAUGAUCUAUUGUAUCUUAAUAAUGCAGCUGUCAUUACUUCUUUAUACUAAUUUAGGUCUUCACUGAAGUAAUAUAAAGAAUAAUGUUUGUUUAUGAAAACAGUCGAAUAAUAAAAAAUUGACACCGUAUUUUUAAAAAAAAAUCUA